AUACCCACGCUGACACAUUUGGAAUCUCGUGUUGCCUGGAGGGCGCACCGGCGAUCAAAGGACCCCUCGUCUCUGUUUGUCCCCAUUAUUUGAUCUCAACAAACGUCACAAGCACGGCUAACAUGUAACCCACGUGAGGCCUGAGUCCGACGUCCGACGAUCUACACCGUUACCGCAGUUUUGGAGGAGCGCACAGACACGGAAAAUUCUUCGGGGAUCAAGCGCGUGUGAGCCGCGUCACAGAAGCGCGUGAUACGUAUCGCCCUCAAAGGGCAACGCAACAAAAAACAGUCGACAGGCCCGGCGCGCUUUCUCUCUUGGUAAACUGAUACGUUGGAAAAUUCCUAUUCGUCAUUGGGUAAAGAGACCAGCCUUAUGACUUCCGGAUGUUUCCACGUGUACUAGACCUUUUGUGACAGUGAAAGGAAGCUGUGCUUGUAAGGAUCACUUCCUCGUGAAAGCGCGCGCCCUACUUCUCUCCCCGGGACGUUUUGAGAGCUGUGCCCCAUAUACCGACACAGGCCAUUCCUUAUAAGUGACCGUAGCGAGAAACUGAUCCUUUGAAGCUACUGGAAUUUCUGCGGCUGGAAAACUGAUCUGUCGAAGUGGCGGGAAUGGCGUUAGACUUCGUUGCCGGUUGUCUCGGAGGUGCAGCUGGUGUACUGGUGGGCCAUCCUUUUGAUACUGUAAAAGUACGUCUACAGACACAGUCGGCCACUAAUCGCCUGUACAGAGGCACCUUUCACUGCUUCGCAGAGAUUAUCAGAAAGGAAUCGGCAUUCGGCUUGUACAAGGGCAUGACCUCACCUCUCAUAGGUUUAACCUUCAUCAACGCUAUAGUGUUCGGAGUGCAGGGUAACGUGAUGCGUGUGAUCGGCGAGGGAAGCGUACUGAACAGUUUCCUGGCAGGCAGUGCGGCGGGAGCUGUGCAGACUCUAGUGUGUUCGCCCAUGGAGCUGGCCAAGACCCGCAUGCAGCUCAUGGGCAUGGGACAGAAAGCCAAGACCAGGAAAGAAAAGGAUGUGAAAAAUUCUCUGGACUGUCUGUUGAAGAUCUACAGGAAGGAAGGGCUGAAAGGUUGCUGUAGAGGAAUGUACCUUACUAUAUGGAGGGAAACCCCUGCCUUUGGUGUUUACUUUGCUACAUAUGACGUUAUCUGCCAAAUGCUGUCUCCGAAGGACCCCAAUGAGCACAUCGGGAUGCUCCCACUCAUGUUUGCGGGGGGAAUGAGCGGGAUCGCCUCGUGGAUGUCCACAUAUCCCAUCGACGUCAUCAAGUCGCGCAUCCAGGCAGACGGCGUGGGGGGCAAGAACGUGUACAAGGGGACGUUGGACUGCUUUGUGCGCAGCUACCAGACGGAGGGCUGGACGGUUUACACGAGAGGACUGACCUCCACACUGAUCCGGGCGUUCCCCGUAAACGCAGCCACCUUCACCGUCGUCACGCUGUUCCUGAGGGAGAUGAGGCCGUCGCAGCCCGUGGACACCACCCUGUCCAAGCCCCAUCUGUACGAGAAGUAGAUACAGUAAUAGGAGACGUAUAGUGCCUGGCUGCUUGAAUGUGUCUUUGGCUGAGGUUUGAACUUUUUAGGGCAUUCAGCUGCUAACAACUUUUUCUGGAGCUGAACUGUGUGAUUUUCUAGACCUCUUCUUCCCCUUGCAUGGUAGAGUGUGCCAUUUCUUGUAAACGUUGUGGAUGCAAAAACAAGCCUUCCUUCUCAAUCAAAGAAUGCAUGUAUCAGCUUGUAUCUAACUGGUGAAUGAGGCAUAGUUGUGAUGGUUUUUGAUACAGUAUAAGAAGUGCUAGGGGAUGGUCCAAACAACUUAACCCACCACUACAUGUAUUAUAAGUUUGCUUGAAAUAUCAGACUUCAACUGUUUGCCUUGUUAAGUGAUGCAUGUACAAAUCAUAUCAAGCAAGCAUCCUAACUACAAUCUUUGUACUCGAGACAUAACUCCCUCACAUACAUUGUAUUUUCUAAAAAUGAAAACUUAUUUCCCAUGAUCUGUUUAAGUCCUGAAAAGACAGCAAAGUUCAUGAUUCUCAGUUGUAGUCAGAAGUCAUUAAGAUACCAUGGUGCUGCAAUACAGUUCUCAACAGUAGUUCUUGUGAACACAGAAGUUCUCGUGAAAUUAAAUAAAAACUGAGAGGGGGGCAGGCAGGGCCACAAGAUACUAGUACUGCCCUCCCCUCUACGACCUGACAGGGAAAAUACACCAAACAAAGAACUGAGAUUUUGUUGCCUCAAUGAGGAGCUCCCUAGCCAGAUGUAUUAAAUUACUUGCUGUUAUCUAUCUUCACAGCAAUAUUAGAAUUACUCUCAUGGUGCAAAUUAACAGCUCAAGGUUCAAACUAGAAAAAAAGGGGUUUUAAGAUAUUUGCCGCAAUAAUGUGGGGCAUGAUUACAGGUGUUCUGGUGAAACUGCUAUCUUAUAGUCCUGGACUAAAAAAAAACACUAGCAAUUUGCAGAAAAGUUUUCAAGACACAAGAAAAA